UGAACGGCGGAGGGAUUUGCAUCGAGAUCCAUCCCAGUUCUCGUCGCGAGCUGAAGCCGCGCGGGUUUGUGAGGAGCGGCCUGGUUCGUGCGCUCCGCGCGGUUGAAGGAGGUGCAUUGACGCGGACGCCAUCGGAGUGGAAGCCGGAGAGGGAGUUUCCUUCGGUGAGCGGCCGCCGCGAGGCCUGAGAAUAACGUCAGGCCGAGGCGGGCUCCGCGCGGCGGGCUUGGCAAGAUGACCCAGUUCCUGCCGCCCAACCUCCUGGCCCUCUUUGCCCCACGAGACCCCAUCCCGUACCUGCCACCCUUGGAGAAGCUGCCACAUGAAAAACAUCACAACCAACCCUACUGUGGCAUUGCACCAUAUAUUCGAGAAUUUGAGGACCCAAGAGAUGCCCCUCCUCCAACCCGAGCAGAAACACGGGAGGAGCGUAUGGAGAGGAAGAGGCGAGAAAAGAUUGAGCGGCGACAGCAGGAAGUGGAGACAGAGCUGAAAAUGUGGGACCCUCACAAUGAUCCCAAUGCUCAGGGUGAUGCCUUCAAGACCCUCUUCGUGGCCCGAGUGAACUAUGACACAACAGAGUCCAAACUUCGGAGGGAGUUUGAGGUGUAUGGACCCAUUAAAAGAAUUCACAUGGUAUACAGUAAGCGUUCUGGAAAGCCCCGAGGCUAUGCCUUCAUCGAAUAUGAGCACGAGCGAGACAUGCACUCCGCUUACAAGCACGCAGACGGCAAGAAGAUUGACGGCAGGAGGGUCCUUGUGGAUGUGGAGAGGGGCCGGACAGUGAAGGGCUGGAGGCCCCGACGGCUAGGAGGUGGCCUCGGUGGUACCCGAAGAGGUGGGGCCGACGUUAAUAUCCGACAUUCUGGCCGAGAUGACACUUCCCGCUAUGAUGAGAGGCCGGGCCCCUCUCCGCUUCCACACAGGGACAGGGACCGAGACCGCGAGCGGGAGCGCAGAGAACGGAGCCGCGAGCGAGACAAGGAGCGAGAACGGAGGCGCUCCCGCUCCCGGGAACGGCGGAGACGCUCCAGGAGUCGAGACAAGGACGAGCGACGUCGCUCCAGGGAGCGCAGCAAGGACAAGGACCGCGACCGGAAGCGGCGAAGCAGCAGAAGCCGGGAGCGUGCGAGGCGUGAGCGUGAACGCAAAGAGGAGAUGCGCAGUGGUGGAGGAGGUGGAGGUGGUGGUGGAGGUGGAGAUAUGGCAGAGCCCUCUGAGGCUGGUGAUGCACCUCCUGAUGAUGGGCCCCCUGGGGAGAUUGGCCCUGAUGGGCCAGAUGGUCCAGAGGAGAAGGGCCGGGAUCGUGACCGGGAUCGACGUAGGAGCCACCGGAGCGAGCGGGAGAGGCGCCGGGAUCGUGACCGUGACCGGGAUCGCGAGCACAAGCGUGGGGAUCGGGGUGGUGAGCGAAGCAGGGAUGAGGCUCGGGGUGGUGGUGGCAGCGGCCAGGACAAUGGGCUGGAAGGGCUAGGCAACGAAGGCCGAGACAUGUACAUGGAGUCCGAGGGCGGAGACGGAUACCUGGCCCCAGAGAACGGCUAUCUGAUGGAGGCAGCACCUGAGUGAAAAGAAAUCUGGUGUAGUUGUUUUCCCACUGUUUGCUCUAUCCAGUCUUGGUCAUCUUGGCUCACCUUCCUAGAGUAGUUUGUUCAUUUGUUCUGGCUCCUUGCAUUUAAAAAUAAAAUUAAUUUCCUGUUUCUUCCUCA